ACGUUAGAAAAGGACAAGCACACACGUACGUACACCACGCCACAAACUUGGCAAACUCAGAAAGAGAAAGAGAAAGAGAAAGACACACACAUACACAGUAACACAGUCACACUAACUCACACGCUCACAUACACGCAGAUUUUUCUUCACUCUCUUUCGUUUCUCCGUCCUUCCUUUCUUCAGAAAAUAUAUAGGAUUACAAGUAUGAGCUUCAGUGGCACUUCUGCAGGUUCAGUUCCACUUAUAGGUGGUAAUGCUGCAAGAAAGGCUUUCGAAUUUGGACGGACUUAUGUGGUUAGGCCCAAAGGCAAGCACCAGGCUACUGUAGUGUGGCUACAUGGCCUUGGUGAUAAUGGUGGAAGCUGGUCACAAAUUUUGGAGACCCUUUCUCUGCCUAAUAUUAAAUGGAUCUGUCCCACUGCUCCUUCACGACCUAUUAGUUUAUUUGGUGGCUUUCCGUCUACAGCUUGGUUUGAUGUUCAAGACUUAUCUGAAGAUGCUCCAGAUGAUCAGGAGGGACUGGAUGCUACAGCAGCACAUGUGGUGAAUUUGUUGUCUACUGAACCCACAGACAUUAAGCUUGCUGUUGGUGGGUUCAGUAUGGGUGCAGCAGUGGCCCUUCAUACUGCAAUAUGCCAUGUUUCUGGGAAAUAUGCUAACGACAAGGAGUUCCCAGUCAAAUUGAGUGCUGUUCUUGGGCUAAGUGGCUGGCUUCCUUGUGCUAAGAGCUUAAGCAACAAGCUAGCUGCUAAUGAGGCUACAAAUCGUGCUGCAUCCAUACCCAUAUUGCUUUGUCAUGGAAAAGUUGACGAUGUCGUUCAAUACAAGUUUGGCGAGAAGUCUUCACGAGUGCUCAAUUCCAGUGGGUUCGGUGAUGUCACAUUCAAAUCCUAUGCUGGGCUUGGCCACUACACUCAUCCUGAAGAGAUACAGGAUAUCUGUAGUUGGCUCAAAACAAAAUUAAAUCUUGAUGCUUAAUAACCACAUGCAUGCGGCGGAAAACUGAUAAAAGAGCAGGGGGAAUUCAUUUAUAAGAUUUAGGUUACUCUUUUAUGGUGGAGAUUAUAUAUCUUAGUUUCAUAUGUUGUUAGUUCGUAUCUGGAUUCGACGAUGAUGAUGAACUAACCAUAUUUUGCACUUUCAAUUGCCAGCUUGACUGGUAUUUUGGUGAUGCAUUUUUUAUUGGUUAGAGAAAAAGUUGUGAAGGUUCUCAAUUGUUUAAUUAAAAUGUAAUUGUUUGUGCUUUGGGGUA